AGCCGAUUCCCCGCAGCUCCCCGGUCUGACCGUAAGAAGCCGGUCCCGCGCGGCUCCCGGCCGCGUUGCGUCGCUGUGCCGCAGCCCCGCGCCCGCAGGGAGCUGCUGCUGCACAGGGCAGGACGUCGGCUUGAGAGUGGGUUGGGAGUCUGCGCCUGCAGCGUCGAGCCUUGUGGUGGUGGAACGGGAGCCAGGCUGCAAGGCAGGGGACAUUUAUCGUGGGGGCCACACUGUGACCAUGUCUGAGCUAGAGAAGGCCAUGAUCACCAUCAUUGAUGCCUUCCAUCAGUACUCAGGGAAGGAGGGAGACAAGCACAAGCUGAAGAAAUCUGAACUGAAGGAGCUCAUUAACAAUGAGUUGACCCAUUUCCUUGGUGAGAUCAAAGACCAGGAGACUGUGGACAAAGUCAUGGAGGCGCUGGACAGCGAUGGGGAUGCAGAGUGCGACUUUCAGGAGUUUGUGGCCUUCAUCGCGAUGGUCACUGCUGCUUGCCAUGAGUUCUUUGAGCAUGAGUGAGAUGGUGGGAUGCAGGCGAGCACCUUCUGCUCGUGCUGGAGAGAUGUAGAGCAGCAUCACUCCUCCGGGCAAAAGACUGAGUGUGAUUUAGGGGCUCCUUGGAGUUAAGCUUGUGCUAGGCUAAAGCAGCUUAUUAAGUUCUGCAGCUUUGAGAACAAGACACUCGCACGGCUCAAGAAAGGCAAACGGCCAGUGCCCACCUGGCUGGGUGUGGUGUGUGAAGGCCUCGUCUCAAGCUCCUUCCCUGCUGCAAGGGAUGCACGGGGGGCUUGGGGCAGGCGGACACUGUGGUCUAAACUAGUUUCAAAGGAAAAAGGGAAAUUCAAAGGCUGAAGUAGGAGGUGAUGCAGAGGGGCUGGUUAUGGAAGCCUGGUUCUAAGCUCUGCUGGCCUGAAAAAAAAGGUUUGUGUUGAUUCCCGUGGGUUCUGACUGCCCUGUGCAUGGUACUAACCCAGGCAGCAGCACAGCCCCUGUCCUGUCACAGGGGCUCAGCAGAGCCCAUGCAUUUCUUGGCAAACUGAGACACCCUUGGCUUGAAAGGCAAAACAUAACCAUCUAAUAGCCUAGGCUUUUCUUUCGUCAAUGAUUCCUCCUGCUCUUAGCAGCCUGCAGAAGUGGAAGCAAAAGCUUCCAGGCUCCUGGGCUGGGGACAGCUUCUGGCUGUGCUAUGGCAAGGUCUCCAGGCUCAGUCUGAAGGGAAGGGGGGAUCUACCCACUGUGACCACUGUGCUUUCAUGUAGACCUGGCACAGCCUCCAGAGUGUGCAGUAAUGGUGAAAAUAAAAUGUUGUUUCGGUCUCGGGGCCACAA